AAAUGGACACAGGGUGAACUUGAUUGCACAUGAAAUCUAAUACGACCACAUAAUACCCUUGACCCUUAUAUUUGUCAUCGACCUUUGAUCACGUGGUCUCACCAUGGGCAGUGAUGGUGACAUGGAGAUAAGUCACGUGAUAUUCGACAUGGAUGGACUGUUGUUAGACACAGAGAACAUCUAUUCGGCUGCCACUCAGAAACUAUGCGACAGGUUCGGCAAGAUAUAUUCGUUUGACAUCAAGAGACAGAUUAUGGGUAUGCGUGGGAAUGAAGCCUCACAGGCCAUAAUAGACAAACUGCAGUUGGACAUCUCGCUGGCUGACUUCAUGGCAGAAAUAGAAGCAACUUUGCCAGAGAUGUUCAAAGUUGCCAGUAGUAUGCCUGGAGCUGAAAAACUAGUGAGACAUCUACACGCACACAACAUCCCAAUAGCAGUAUGCACAGGGUCGAACCAGGUCAACCUGGGCCUGAAGACAACAAAACACAAGGACAUGUUCACACUGUUUCAUCAUGUGGUCACGUGUUCUGAUGAUCCACAAGUACAGUUUGGCAAGCCACACCCACAGCCCUUUCAAGUCACUCUGUCCAGGUUUGACGCCGCAGACACAAUCAAACCGCACAAGGUGCUCGUAUUUGAAGACUCUCCCAAUGGAGUCCUGUCUGCAAAGGCCGCCGGAAUGAGGACAGUGAUGGUUCCAGAUCCCAGACUAGAACAAGAGUUUCGCCAGGAUGCUGACUUGGUACUAGAAACACUUCUGGACUUCACUCCUGAACGUAUACCAACUUAGAAUACUGAGCCACUCUGUGCAGUGGUUCUGGAUUGUUUUCGAAUCGAUGGUUUAUAAUGAGCUACAGUUUAGUCUCUGCCGCAACGCUGCUUGCACAGCAACAGACUUUUUUCUCAUGUGUUUGACAUUUAAGGGCUCCUGAGCACGGUCCUUUUUAUCCUCCUUUUUUUCCUCAUGUUUAGAAAAAAAAUUUUGAACAAUUUCGUUUAAAUGUCGAGAAAAAAGUCACUUUCAAAAGUUGCCAGAAAGGUUUCCAACGUAGGAACUUAUUUUUGACCCAAUACAAAAGGUUCGUCCACUGUCCAAAAGUUUGUUUACGGGUUCUUGUUACAAACAAAGUUUUUAUGAAUAGGAUUAACCACUUAAUCAAAUAGCUUAUUGAAACCAAAACGAGCUCAAAAACAUAUUAGGGGAAUCUAAUUCAGUUGCUAGCGACCGGUGCAACGCUAGACCCAGGAACAAUGAAAAUUAAAUAAUAUUUGCAAUGCCUCUAUUUUUUUGGUGUAAACGUGUUGAAA